CAUAUGAGACGGAAAAGAGGAAGAAGAAGGUGAAAAAAUGGAGGAGCUGUCCCGGCGGGCGAGGGAGGCCGGGCAGUGGGUGAGAAGGUGCUGUUGCUGUGCUGAGGAAGAGGAGAAUGGUGAGGAGAAAGGUUAUGAAGGAGAUGAAGAAGAGGAGGAAGAGGUGAAGAUGGAGGAGUUGAACUUCAGGAAAAGUUCAGCUUCACUUCCGUCUGCUGAGCUGGAUUCGGACUCAUCCACCUCUGGCUCUCAGUCUCACUGGUUCCACACUCUGCAGGCCCGUCGGCUGAAAGUCCAGCGUGGGCGCAGCAACAGUGACCCACUGAGGGGGGAGGGCAGUCGGGAGCCUCUUACCUGGAAAGCAGGUCUGGAGUUUGGGGCAGCACACUCGUACCUGAGUCUGGAGAAACUGGGUGAAGGAACCUUUGCCUCGGUCUACAAAGGCAUCAGCAGGAUAAACGGGCAGCUGGUUGCUCUGAAGGUGAUUCGUAUGAAGACGGAGGAAGGUGUCCCGUUCAAUGCCAUUAGAGAAGCCUCUUUGCUCAAACGUCUGAAACAUGCCAACAUUGUCCUCCUGCACGACAUCAUCCACACCAGAGAGACACUCACCUUCGUCUUUGAGUACCUGCAGACAGAUCUGGCCCAGUACAUGAUCCAGCACCCUGGAGGUCUACGCUAUCACAACGUGCGGAUCUUCAUGUUCCAGCUGCUGCGAGGUCUCUGCUACAUCCACAGCCGCAGGAUCCUCCACCGAGACCUUAAGCCCCAAAACCUGCUCAUCAGCUACCUCGGAGAACUCAAACUGGCCGACUUCGGUGAGAACCAGCGCAACGCUGCAGGGCAGAAGUGA